GCACCGGGGCCCCAGAACUCCCAGGACGAAACUCGCGCGUGCGUCCUCGCUUUGGUCAGUGUCUGAGAACUCGGAGUGAAAGCGUCUAAGUGAGUUCGAGGGUCAGGCGGGUUCUUUGGGGGGCCUAUCGUCCCCCGCCGUGUGGUCGGCACCGGUGCCCCACUUCCGGUGAGGGGCAGAGCGAGCCCUGGCGUCGGCCCUGUCCCCUGUCCCCCACUUCCGGAGGCGCCAUGUUCCUCACCGCCGCCCUCCUCCGCGGCCGCAUUCCGGGCCGGCAGUGGAUCGGGAAGCACCGGCGGCCACGGAACGUGUCUUCGCAGAUGAAGGCGAACAUGCUGCGUCGCCUGGAGGUGGAGGCCGAGAACCACUACUGGCUGAGCAUGCCCUACAUGACGGCGGAGCAGGAGUUCGGUCACGCCGCGCAGCGCCGGGCGCAGGCGUUCGAGGCCAUCAAGGCGGCCGCCACUUCUAGAUUCCCCGAGCAUAGAUACGUCGCCGACCAGCUAGGCCAUCUCAACGUCACCAAGAAAUGGUCCUGACCUGGAGUCAUCACCUUUGCGCUCAUGGAGACGAGACUGUUGUGUACUUUGCUGGCCCCGGAGCUGAAGGAAAAUGUAAUUUAUGUAACCUUCGACCAGAAUAUUAUUAAAGUAAACAUGAUUAAUAGUUGUUUCCUCUAGGAUAUUUGGGACCCUCCCUAAGCACUGGUUCACGCCUGUGACUCUCACACCCAGGAGGAAGAGGGAGAGAAAUCUCUGCUGGUGUUCUCAGACCCAGCCUCAGAAAGCCAAGGAAAGAAUAUUUGGGGCUCUAACCUUGCUAUCUGUGCGUAAUUUCUGAUCGAUUGUCAGUUGUGGUUUGUUUGUUUCCUGACCUCAAAUUUGCGGUAGCCUUGCCUGUCUCCAGGAGCUGAAAUGAAAGGCAUUGGCUCCCUGCUCUACUGUGAACUGUGGCGUUCUUUUGGAGCUAGGUCUCCCUGUGUAUUGAACUCACGAGAUCCGCUGGCCUCCGCCUCCUAACGCUGGGAUUAGCGGCUCCCCUUCGCACCUUGAGCCUUUUUUUUUUUUUAAAUGCUGUUAUAAAAACUAACCUGACGAGUCUAAUCUGAGACACUUGCCUAGGACUUUGUUGUACAAGUUUUCUUAGUUUCUGUCUAGAGCAGUACCUAUGUGUGGGGAGCAACUCCGUCGGUGGGGGAUGGGAUAGGUUGAAAGACCAUUUCACAGGAGUCACCUAAGGCUAUCAAAAAACAGACAUUUACAAUUCAUAACAGUAGCAAAAUUACAGCUAUAAAUGUGCAAUGAAAACAUUUUAUGGUUGGGGUCACCACACCAUGAGGAACUGUAUUAAAGGGUCGCAGCAUUAGGAAGUUUGAGGACCACUGGUCUAGAGUGUUUACUCCCCAGCACAGUAAGCUGGGUAUGGUGGGUGGAGCAUACCUGGAAUCCCAGCAUUCUGGAGGUGGAGGCAGAUCAGAAGGACAAGGUCAUAGCCCACUGUGGAACAAGGUUGAGGCCAGCCUGAGAUACAUGAGACUAUUUCACAAAAGAAAGGAGUAUUUUCUUCCAGGAUUUGAGCACCGUGGGUGGACGUGUGAAGUGAAAAACGUUUUUUUAAGGCGGUGGUGAUGCACGCUUUAGUCCCAGCACUCGGGAGGCAGAGGCAGGUGGAUCUCUGAGUUUGAGGCCAGACUGCUCUACAGAGUGAGUUCCAGGACAGGCAAAGCUACACACAGAGAAACUAUCAUUAAAAACAAAAACUAACAACAAUGUUAUUAAAACUGUUAACAGGAAAGUUUCUGGUUUUUCUUGAGCACAUCUCCUAUGUUGCCCAUGCUGGCCUGGAACUCCUGUCCAUACUAAAUGGAGACAAACUGAGUAUAAGAUUUUUUGUUUUGUCAAAACAAAAACCCACACGGCUUUUUUUGAACUAGGUCUUACCAUGCUGCUCAGGUUGUUGAACUUCUGGACUAAAUUGAUCCUGACUCAGGCUCCCGGGUAGCUCGCUGGGUUUACAAAUGCACAGCAACUUAGGGUUGUCUUUUUUUUUUAAUGAUAGAAUAUCACAGUGUAGUCCUGGUGGGCCUGGAACUUGAUAUGAACACCAGGCUGGCCUGAAACUUAGGUGUUCCCUAUCUCUGCCUCCUGAAUGCUGGGAGCAGAGGUAUGGACUACCAUGCCCAGUCCUCCUUUUUAAUCUUUUUUUCUUGAAGAUUUCAUAGACAGUUACCCAAAAAGAAAGUAAGUACAAGUCCAUUAUAACUGCCACCCAAUUUCUCUCAAUGGUAACACCUUUUUCUCUAACCAUAUCAAAACCUAGAAAUUAUCCAGUAGUGGUGGUGGCAGCAUGGGACUUUGAUACCCGCACUCGGGAGGCAGAGGCAGGCGGAUCUCUGUGAAUUCAAUCUGGUUUACAAAGAGAAACCCUGACUUAAACAACCAAAACAAACAGAAACCAAAACCUAGAAAUUGAUAUUAUUAUGAUCUGUAGAACCCAGGUAGACUUCAUUAGUUUAUAUGCAUGCACUUUGUGUGUGUUCAGGUCUCUGCAGUUGUCUGUAACCACGGUUCCAUCACUGCAGGGCCUUUCAUGCUCCUUGUAACAACCUCUGACUCCCCCACAACUGUUCAUCUCUAUAUUUUCCUUCUUUGAAGAAGGGUCUAUAAGUAGAAUGUA